AGUUGGAUACCAUGGUGACAGUGUCAUAAGGGGGCAGGAGUGGACAUUUGUUGGAAGAAUGUGACGACUGUGGCUAAAAACCCUCCCCACAGGUUAUCAACCGGUGUAGAAUAUAUUAACCAUCUGCUCUUCCAUGUUUAGCUUGAUCAACCCUGAGGAACUUUGAGGAACCCCUGUGAAGAUCUUUUCAAAGUGCAGAGAGUAGAACUCAAGCUUAGAGGAGCGAUGAGUAAUAUGGUAACAGAGAUAAUGGCCUUCGUUUUGGCCACAGCAGGCUGGGUGCUCGUGUCGUCCACUUUGCCAACAGACUAUUGGAAAGUGUCUUCGAUCGAUGGCACAGUCAUCACCACAGCCACGUACUGGUCCAACCUCUGGAAGACUUGCGUGACCGACUCUACUGGAGUAUCCAACUGCAAAGACUUCCCUUCCAUGCUCGCUCUGGACGGUUAUAUCCAGGUUUGCCGAGGCCUGAUGAUCUCAGCUGUCUGUCUUGGUUUCUUUGCGACUGCCUUCGCCCUGGUGGGAAUGAAAUGCACCAAAAUCGGAGGAAGUGAUAAAGUCAAAGCCAGGAUUGCAUGCCUUGCUGGAUUACAAUUCUUUAUCAGUGGUCUGUGCUCUUUGACUGCCUGCUCCCUGUAUGCCCACAGGAUCACAUCCGAGUUCUUUGACCCUAUGUUUGUGGCACAAAAGUAUGAAUUGGGGGCUGCCCUGUUCAUUGGCUGGGGGGGAUCAGCACUGUGUAUUCUGGGAGGGAUGGUGUUCUUCUUAUCACUGUCUGAUGGCAUGAGUAAAAGCUCAAGCCAUGCUGACAGGAGACGCUAUGUUUACAGUGCCUCUUAUAUGUCCUCUCAUAGCAAGUUGCAAAACCAAUCAGCCAAUGGCAGACGGCCACCGGAGUACAACAACACCUCACAACAGUUCGACAAAAAUGCUUAUGUAUGACAGCCUUAAAAACCAGAUGCUAGCCACAUUUCUGCCUUGAGAACUAUUCAGCCUUGAAAAUUUGAAAACAAAUGUUGAGGGAAAAGGACACAUGGGCUCCAAAGUCUAUCACUUCAUUAUUUUUUUAAAUAUACACUCAUUCUGAAAUUGACCCCUCAAACACAUUCCAAAAAAGUUGGGACAGGAGAGGAACAUCAAGAAAAGUGGUGCAUCCAAGAAAGCUCUAAUCCUUUAGAAGUAAAGAUGAGUCAAGGCUCGCCACUUUGUCCAAAAUGCACCAGAAAAUAAUCCAGCAUGUUCCUCAACAUUUUGAGGAAUGUUCCACAACAGGCAAUUGAAAAGUUAUGUAUUUCACACUGUUCAGUGCAUAAUAUCUUCAAAAAAUGUCACAGAUUUUGGAGAACUCUCUUUGUGUGAAGGGCAUAGCUGAGAACUAUUGCUGAAUACAUGGGACUUUUGACCCCUUAGAGCGCACUGCAUUAAAAACCAGCAUGUUUCUAUGAUGGAUCACUGCAUGGACUCAGGAAUACUAGGAAAAUCCAUUGUCAAUAAGCCGCAUCCACAAAUGCCAGUUAAGAAAAUCAAAAAUAUCUAUAAACACUGCCUACUUCUGUGAGCUCGAGCUCAUCUGAACUGGACUGAUGCUCAGUGGAAACACGUUUUGUGGUCUUUCAAGUCAACCUUGCAGAUUUUUUGUGGAAAUGACUGAUGUUGUGUUCACUGGGCCAAAGAAGUAACAUCCAGGUCAUCUAGACUGUUCCCAGCAUAAAGUUCUUGGAGCAACUUAUGUGGCCUUCUAGAUGCUGUCUUUUUCAGCGAUGUCCAUGCUUAUUUCAACACGACAGCGCCAAGCCACAUUCUGCAUGUCACAACAGCAUGACUGUGUAAUCAGAGAGAGUGUGGGUGAAAGACUGGCCCGUCUGCAGUCCAGAAGUGUCGCCCAUUGAAAAUGUGUUUCAUUAAGCACAAAAUAUGACAACAAAGGCCACAUAUGGUUGCAUAGCUGAAGACAUGUAUAACAGAAGAAUGACCAAACUCCACUUUCAAAACUGGAUCAUUUGGUGACUUCAGUCUCUAAUUGUUUAUUAAGUGCUGUUAAAAGGAAUAUUAUUGUAUUCAUUUAAUUGAAAAGUUUUGCAUUCCCAAUUUCUGACUUCAGACUUAAGAUGCAAAUUUAAAUAAUACAAUUUGCAACUUAACAUAAAAAAAUAUGUCUGUAUCUGCAAAUACAAUCUCUGUAAAAAGCCUUAAUUCAUUUUGGUUUUCUGUUUUAUAUAUUUUUCAUUAUUUUUGUUUGUUUUUUAAUUGUGUCCCAUGUUAACAAUUACUGUAUACCUAUUUACUGAACCAUUUAUAUAUGUGUAUUGCUUUAUGCAAAUUUUAUGUUGAAGUAUGUCAUGUUUAUGUUUAGCUAGUCUGAAGUUUACUUCUAUUUCCUUCUGUCUUAAUCCGCCGAGUGGAGCUUUACUGCUGUUAUUAUAUUGAUAAUGUGAUAAUACAUUGAUAUUUACAUUGAAA